AUGACCACACCCCCGGGCUUUUCACAGCAGCAGCAGCAGCAGCAGCAGCUGCAACAACAACAACAACAACCAUAUCAGCAUAGUGCCUAUUACCAUCAUCAACAACAACAGCAGCAACAGCAGCAACAGCAGCAACAGCAGCAACAGCAGCAACAGCAGCAACAGCAGCAACAGCAGCAACAGCAGCAACAACCUAUACAUCCAUAUCAAUACCAAUAUCAGUAUCCUUACCAGUCUUCGGGAUAUGCCCAGCACACUGAUUACUUUUAUUCGCAACAACAACAACAACAACAACAACAUCAUCAUCAGCAACAGCAAUCUUCCUCUCCAUUCUUCUUCGGAUCUCAAGCAUCAAGCCAAACCUCAGUUCCUCCAGUCUCCAUGAUCUCCUCAACUACAGCGUACCGACCAGUCCUGUCCAGUGGACCAACAACCGCCCCGACAUCUAUGCCAUCAGCAAUACAAUCAUCAUCAUCAACAACAGCAGCAGCUGCUGCUGCCGCAGUAGCUUCUGGUGGUGCUUACAAUAAUCCUACUCAGCAACAACAACAACAACAACAACAACAACAAUUACCGACGUAUUCCAACUUCCAAUCAUACCAAUACCCUCCUCUUCUUAAUCCUUCUUCUCACCCACAAGCAUCGUCAUCCUCACUUACAGCUUCACAAUCGUCAUCCUCGUUAAAUCCAGCAGCGACGACGGCAACAGGUUCACAAUCAUCAAUCACAACUUCUAUGACUGGACCGGCGUCGGCAGUGUCGUCUUCUUCGUCAUCAUCUGCGUCAACAACAUCUUCUUCUAAUCCCAAUCCCACUACAGCAGCAGCCGCGGCGGCGGUAGGCUUUGCCGCUGCUGCUGCAGCUGCAGCCGCCGUCACAGCAACGUCAACAACCACCAACACCAACACCAACACCAACACCAACACCAACACCAACACCAACACAGGCCUGCCAAAUCUCUCGUCUACCACCACUACAAAUUCUCUUUCCAACCCACACCUCACUGCUACCACCAACACAAAUACAAAUACAAAUUCAAACACCACCGCCGCCAUUCCAAAUUCUUCCUCCACUACCACCACAUCCUCAUCCUCAUCCACAUCCACAUCCACCACCACCACUUCUAAUACCACCACCAAUACCAAUACCAAUACAACCACAAACACCAACACCAACAUGGCCGAGGAAGACGUUGAGUGGGAUGCGGAGGAUGUAGAUAUGUUGUUGGGGCUUUUGGACUUGGGUGAAAAGGCCAAAUGGAAGUACUUGGCUUCAGAACUUACAAAGGAGCGAAAUAAGCGUAUUACUGCUGGGGCUUGCGAAAAAAAGUUUAAAGACAUGUUUGGUGUGGCCGAAGCUUCGUCUGCACUUGGGUCUUCGCUAUGCUAUGUUGUUGCACCGACUGGCUGGGACUGUUUAGGCGAUAAUCCUGUUCCUCGGUCCUCGCAAAUGAACCAUUUGGGGCAUUUAAGUCAGCAUCAUUCAUCCCAGCAAUCCCCCCAAUCUCAACAACAACAACACCAACUUUCUCAAGCCUAUCCUGACCCCUCGUCACAACAAAGAAUAAUGUCAGACCCCUCUACAACAACAGACCCAGGGAACAUGUUUCAAGCUCAGGCCGCCCAAGCUGCUCAAACUUCCUCACCAUUUAAUUUUAAUCAACUUGCAUCUUCCUCCAGCAGCUCCUCCAGUCCUUCUAGACCUCCCCGGCUAUCUUCCUCUUCCUCUAGUUCUCUUAUGAUGCCAUCUCAGCAAUAUGCGUAUCCGUCUUAUACUACAGCAGCCUCAUCUUCUACUAAUUCAUACAUUGCAGCAACACCAGCAGCCAAACAAUCAACAAUAACCAAUAGAGCUGGCACAGCACAACAAGGACCGUCGUCAACAUCGUCGUCGUCUGCAACCACCCCAACCACAACGGCAUUGCCAUCGGUCACAUCCUACACCGACCCAUCGUUUAUUUCAUAUCCUUCAUAUGGAUAUACUUACUCGGAUUCUCAACAGCAUCCUCAUAAUAAUAAUAAUCAUCAUCAUCAUCAGCAGCAGCAGCAGCAUUCUACAGCAAAUUCCCAUGGCCAACAUCAACAACAACCACAAGCAUCUCCAGCAUAUGCAUCUAUGGCCGCAAUUCAGGCCCCACCACCACAACAACAUCAUCAUCAACAACAGCCACAAUCAGUUUAUUCGUCAGCGACUAAUACUAGCGUGACACCAACAUCUACAGCCACAACUCCUAACUCAUCUAUGGCAGCAGCUGCAGCAGCUGCAGCAGCAGCCGUACAACAGCAACAGCAACAGCAGUAUGGGUACCGAGGGUCCUACGGAAGCACAGAUAUAAGUGGCGGUGGAGGAUUUUCUGGGUAUCUUUCUGCAUCUGGCGGUUCCGGCCGGGCGCGGACUGGGGUUGGAACUGGAGGUGCAGCAGGAUUAGGAGGAAGUGUUAGCAGUAGUAGUAGCAAUAGCAGCAGCAACAGCAGCAACAGUAAUAACAGUAGCAGUAGCAGUAGCAGCAAUAGCAGUGGAGGAAGUGGAUCUACAGUAACAGGAAGUGCGGGGAGUACUAUGACGAUGGCUACACUUGUUGAAAGUGAGACUGAUGGUGAUGGUGAUGAAAAGACAUCGAGUUGA